AUGUGUGUAUGGCAUGUGAGAACGUUGAAAGAGACUAACCAGAUCUCAGCAACCCUUGGGCUGAGAUGCAGACUUCCGCAAGUGUGCAUCAUUCCAAUUAAGCAGCAUGUAGCAACUGUUCCACGGCAACCAUGUGGCACUUGGUCAUUUUGUUCAGCCAGCCGGGCUAGACAAUGGCCUAAUUUCCCCGUUUACAGACUUGACAUUCCAGACUCAUCUUUCUGGCCGGUCGGCUGGAAUCGCUUUCAUCUGGCAUGCCGUGUCUACAAACUCACUCCGGCCCUAUUUCACCUGUCACAGCUUAACAUGCAUCGUCCGCUGCCAAAGGCAUUGGUACACAGCGGACACGGUAACUACACCAUUCGGUGGAUUUGUCUGCAAAUCGGAGAGGAACCGUGGCACCGCUUAGCCUCCAAUUGCAUCGACGAGAGAUUCACGUUGGCUGAGAAAGCGGAUAUUGUCAAAACGACAUAA